UUAUCAGGCAGAACACGCUUGGUGCCAACCAGACCGCUUUCAGCUCAUCAUCUCAGGAGGACAAACACAACAGGAGCAGCCAUGAGUCUCAACUGGCCUACUGACUACAGCUCAGUUUUUAGAUUAGUGGACCUCCACACUGACACCAACAACUAUGAGCAUCACACCAGUGAGAUCUCCGUGAAGGAGCUGAUCGUCAGACGAGGCCAAGCCUUCAAACUCACCCUCAAACUGACUCAACCUUUCAACCUGGGCUUUGAUCAGCUCAUAAUGACUGUGGUGACAGGAAAUGAUCCAUCAGAGGAUCUGGGGACGAAGUCUCGCUUCGGCGUCCCGGGCCGGUCACUGCAUUCAGCUUCAGCCAAGGCGGUGUGGAAGGCAGAGCUUCAACGGGGCUCUUCUCCUGAAACCGGAGUCCUGGUUCUGAUCGUUUCACCGCCAGCUGACACGCCCAUCGGCGAAUACACGCUGUCUGCCAGCCUCAAGGACAAGGAAAAGGUUUUGGCAAACUUCUCUGUCCUCUUCAACCCGUGGAGUUCUGAUGACUGGGUGUUUCUGCCCAAGGAGGAGGAGAGGCGGGAGUAUGUGCUGAAUGAACAGGGAAUCAUCUACAGAGGAGGCGGAGAUUACAUCUCUCCAAUGUUCUGGGACUUUGGGCAGUUUGAGGAGGGCAUGGUGAGGAUCUGCAUGAAGAUGCUCGACCUCAACGUCAAACACUGGCUUAAUCCAGCUGAUGACGUUUCUGCUCGCUCCAGCCCCAUCUACGUCAGCCGGGUGGUCAGCGCCAUGAUCAACAGCUCUGAUGAAGGCGGCGUUGUGAUGGGAAACUGGGGAAACAACUUCAGCGGCGGGGUCCCGCCCACCUACUGGAGCGGCAGCUACGCCAUCCUGAAGCAGUGGUACAACUCCUACUACCGCUCCGUCAGAUACGGGCAGUGCUGGGUGUUUGCCGGCGUCAUGUGUUCUGUGAUGCGGCUGCUGGGGAUUCCCUGCCGUGUUGUCAGCAACUUCCAGUCGGCUCACGACACCAACAAGAAUCUGACCAUCGACAGCUACUUUGAUUAUAACGGAGCGAUGGAGAGGGAGUCCAGAGACAGCAUCUGGAACUUCCACGUCUGGGUUGAGGGGUGGAUGAGACGACCAGACCUGGCAACAGACGGGAAAUAUGAUGGCUGGCAGGUUGUGGAUCCAACACCACAGGAAAGGAGUGAAGGUCUGUUCUGCUGUGGCCCGGCCUCAGUGACCGCCAUCCGGAACGGAGAGGUCGAUCUUAAAUACGACGUCCCGUUUGUCUUCGCCGAGGUCAACGCUGACUCCGUUUACUGGCUGGUGAGAAGUGAUGGAUCCAGGAUGAAAAUCUUUUCUGACACGGUGACAGUUGGACAGAACAUCUCCACCAAGGCGGUUGGCUCAUACCAGAGGACGGACCUCACCAACACCUACAAGCACAGAGAAGGAUCUCUGGAGGAAAGAAUGGUCUUUGCAUAUGCUCUCGACAAAAUCGCAAAUGGAUCAACGAUGAGGCGGGAUGCUGGUGGUUCUGGUACGGGGGUUUUGGGUUCAGGGUCGGAGACGAGCAUCGUACCUCCACCUGAUCCUUCUCAACCACAACUGCGCAUCCGAUUUGAAGAGGUCUCCAAGCCUGAGAAUGGGAAGGAUGUGAACCUGAGGAUGAUUCUGAGCAGUGACACCAGCACCACCAGAACGUUUUCUGUCAACAUCAGCAUCCAGGCCAUGAAGUACACGGGCCAGCCAGUGGGGAACAUCCAGACCGAGGUCACAGAGCAGAAGCUGCUGCCGAAGAAAGAUCUGAUUGUCCCUAUUAAGGUCCCAUACUCAGUCUACCAUAAGUACAUGAUACAAAGCCGGACCAUGAGCAUAUCAGCGAUCAUCACUGACCUACAGAAUGAGGACAACGUGUACUUGGCAACAAACAGAGUUGUGCUCACCAACCCCCCAGUCUCCAUCACUGUGACUGGGGGAAGCAAGGUGAACCAGGAGCUGACUGCUGAAGUGGUUUUCAUGAAUCCUAUCGAUGACACCUUGAGGGAUUGCUCUAUGAGUCUGUCUGGAAGUGGACUCAUGAUCGGGCAAGAAAUAACCAAACUUCCAAAUCUGCGGCCAAACUGCAGGUUCCGUGUUACAGUCGUCCUCGUUCCCUACAAAACCGGAGAGCGGAGUCUGCUGGUCAACUUCAGCUGCAACUCCUUCAAAGACAUCAAGUCCAGCUGCAUCGUCAACAUUAAACCUUGACUUUCUCACAUUGUCUCCCCUUUACGACAAGAUGAUUGAAAUCAAGACAGAAGAUGUGUCAUGUAUUUUAGGUUUCACGGUUUUGCAUAAUCUGGGAUAUUAUAUGUUUAUUAAAGCAUUGCACAAUUUCUUGCUAAUCUAGAAUUAAUUUAUUUAAGGAUGUUUUGAUUUUACUUUGAGUGUUAAUGAAAGGAUAUAUAAGAAAUAUCACAAACUGUCCGUCUGCUUUCCAAUAACUAAAGAAACUUUCUCCUGCAGUUUCAUACUUCUGUGUGCUUUGUGUUUCAGCAAUUUCUCUUUAUAUGUAUUCCUGAUUAAUAAAUUUACAAAACAUGAAAUGUC